AAAAAUAACCAAAUGUUGAGAAAUAAUAACAUUGUGUAUAUAUGUCAGUGACAUUAUCAGCAGCAGUGAAGCAAUGUCGACGACUGGCACAGAAAAACAUUGUAGACUUUCCUGCAUGGUGAUAAAAGCUGGAACAAAAACAAAUUGUGCUUUUCUUGAAAAACGAGUCCAAGACCUAAGUCCUGAUCCAACUUCUCCGUGGUCACUUGACGACUUUCUGAAGACUAAACAGAAAGAUAUAAAAAAGUCAAAACUUUCUAAAGAAGAGUACAGAGUGUUAUUCCCUGCAAAUGGCGCAACGGACAUAGAGAAAUGGGAUUUGUCUCUCCUCUGUCACGUUCUCGUACAAUAUUGCAAGCUUAACACCUUAGAGCGUCUGGACGUUGAACGUUUUCGCAAUGUUCGAAAUGAGCUUUGCCAUGUUCAUGAACCCAAUAUUGACGAGGUUAAGUUUAAGAAUGAUGUUGAAACAAUCGAAGUUAUCACAACCAGAAUUUUAGAAAAAGUAGAUAACCCAGUAAUCACCGAUGAAGUAAAAGACGUUAUAAAUGAGAUGAAAGAAGGACCUUUGUCACUCGUUGAAACUGUGAGAACAAUGCAUAAGUUCUACUCUAUGAAGAGAGACAUUAGAGAGAAAUUAGAUACGAUUAGUGACGCCGAUAGUCGGUUGCUUCAAGCAGCUAAGAGGAUUGAACAAAAAUUGGAUUCUUCCAUUGCUAUGCGAGCAGAUCACUCUUCAGUGAAGCUACCAGCUGUGUACUUUUACAUCGAUAUAAAGAAUAUUGGUACAGAGAAAGAGGCUAGAUUGUCAGAACUUUUGGUUGGGUUGUUCGAAGCUAGACUAAAAGGGAAUGAAGAACUCUCUACGUUACUCACAGCUAUGCCACCCGAGUGUUUCCAGCAGCUACGAGAAACAGUAAAUGAAACCUUUAAGAGCUUUCUGUCAAGGGGAUGGGAAAUAAGCGAAAUAAAACACGAAUGUGUUUUAUUGAAAAUUCAAUGCCGUACAAUAUCGGCUGUAGUGGCUCUAUUUAGAGACUGUGCUGAAGGAAGACUACUGCCUGUUCUAGAAAAUCUCGAAAAAAGAUGUUCAAUGCUCGAUGGUUAUAGUUUCGUUGAACUCGAACCUGUCAUAUACAGGGAUACCUUUUUCGACGUAAUGGAAGAAACAUUUUCAUCUAUAGAAGACAAUAUACUGAAAGAGGAAAUUGCAGUUAAGUCAACGAACACACAUUCACUAUGUUUAUCCAUCAAACCAAGAGACACGAUGCACUUGGAACGACUGAAAAGCAAGCAAACACUUGAUAGGAUCCAGUGCAGUCUAAAGACAGCAGAGCAGAUAUUAGUACCUCAUUUAGAAGAACCUAGUUUAUCAUUUGAAAGCAGUGUUGAGGUUAAAGAGCAAACUCCAGAACUUGAGAAAGGCUCUGCACAGUUGUUAGGUGAGCAAGCUGGUCCGUUAGGUAAUAAUAUUUGA